AUGAAUGAAUACAGCUAUUUCGAGAAAGGUUGUCGCCAAAAAAGUGCACGCGACAAUCCCGAAAGGUAAUAUGGGAUAUGAUCAUUACACUGUACCUAACGACUGUAGCUGUCGAACCUGCUUUUUUUGCUUUCCUUUAGCACUCGCAAACAUAUGUCCAUGGCCUCUCCUGCCAUUCUUUCAAAUGUCUUUGUAGAGGAGUGAACUCAAAACCAGCGACAAUACCUCUCGGGAUUGUCGCGUGCACUUUUUCCGACAACCUUUCUCGAAAUAGCUGUAUAUGGACAUGUACUAAAGUAUACACAGCUUUCUCUUUUUGGGAAAGAGAGCAUUUGAAGACAGAGUAAAAUUAUUGGAAUCAAACGUUUUAAAUUGUUGUCUAAAGAGAACAACGGCUGAUUUGUGUAAAAUAGGUCUUCAGAUGUGGGAAUGACCUUAGCUUCUAAACUUCACGGCGAGCUCGAAUUCAUGUCCCUCAUUUCACUACCCCCUCCCCCCAGGAAAGUGCACCUCUGGCACAUUUUUUGGCCUUGCCCGCGAUGAAUGGUCCCUUAACUGCUGUGCUAAAGUUUUGAGAGAACGCUGCCAUUAUGUCCCCUGGAUUUGAGUCCCCCGCCCUCCAGCUUGUACUAAAUCGAAUUCGAUUUGUUAUGACGGUUUGAAGCUUAAGGUGGCCCGUUCCUAUUUAAAUGCGUGUUGGUUAUGAUUUUGAUUCGCGUUUUUCAGAAUUAAAGAUUCAACCGAUUUCUACGGUUUUUUGCAUCCUUAAUAAAUAAUGAUGGAACUUUAAGAAAAUGUUAUUUAUUUUCUUAUAGGUAUAAAAACUUUUGAGAUAUCGGCAUAUAUUUAAAACCUUAUUUUUACGAAAAAUGAAAAUAACUUCGAAAUCCCACGACAGACAAUAGAGCUAAAGAGCUGUGAGGCUUAUUUGCUGAAGUUAGGGAAAAUCUGUCGUGGGAUUUCGAAGUUAUUUUCAUUUUUCGUAAAAAUGAGAUUUUAAAUAUAUUCCGAUAUCUCAAAAGUUUUUAUACCUAUAAGAAAAUAAAUAACAUUUUCUUAAAGUUCUAUCAUUAUUUAUUAAGGAUGCAAAAAAUCGUAGAAAUCGGUUGAAUCUUUCAUUCUAAAAAACGCGAAUCAAAAACAUAACCAACACGCAUAUAAAUAGGAACGGGCCACCUUAAUUAAAAGCCAGUAGACGCAAAACGUACUUGAUCAGCUCUGCGAUCAAAUGCGUCCUUGAUCCUCUCUAACUGUGUUCAAUUAUUAUCGUGUUUUGGAACAGGCAAGGAACCACCUCACUAGCCGUUCCCCCAGCAGUUCCAAAACGACACUCAGCUCCUGUACCGGAAUCCACAAAGGUGAGAAUGGUGUAUCUUACUCUACGAUAGCGGAUCCAAGGAAGGGACCCGGGGGGACCCAAUGCCUCUCUUAUUUUUAGACCAAACUGAGACCCGAAUGACCGAAAAAAAAUUUUGGAGGUUUAGAACCCGGGGUUUGGGGAAAUGUUUUACGGGGGCGGAGGAUGGAAAGAUCAGGAACUUGCUUGGGCAACGGUAGAAACUACCAAGUGGUAGGACGUACUUCGUUUAACUCUUUCACUUCCAAAACUACCCCAGAAAACUCGACAUUUCAUCCUAUAAAUAAAUGUCGAACCUUUACCUGUCAAUACUGUUAACGACGUCUUAAGUUAAUGGGUAAAUGGUCAUACUUCAGAAACCUACACUAAUAACCGACAAAAGCAAUGAAAUAACGAAUCGUUCAGCUAACGUAGAGUCUCUUGAUGGACAUUAAAUAAUUCAGUGUCAAAAUGUAUUCACUGUUUUGAUUUGCAGACAUCGAAAGAUCCUCCGCCACUUCCUGUCAAGGUAAUUCCCAUUUGUCUUUUUGUCUUUCGUUCCUUUGUCUGUUGAAUUAACCAAAACGGAGACAGCAGCGAAACCGUCACCUGAAGAGGAGUUCUGCUUAUUAAUCGUGUUGCUUUAUUGACGUAUAUGUUGCCAUCGCCAUCGCGUUUGCUUAGCUCUCUGCUUAGUGAACUCUUCGGUCGCGUUGUUUCCCUGCCGCGGCACCUGCGAGGAAACACAACUUAAUCCGUACGUAGAGCGCUGGACUGCGAAGCGAAAGAUCGUGGGUUUUAUUCCCGAGACCGGACCAAGACUCAGGGCUUAAAAAACAGAGGAAGGAGGUACUGUUUUGCCCUGUAAACGCCUAGACCUUCACGUGACUCGGAUGACUUCGUAAAAAUGAUGGCUCUGUCUCCAGAAGGACACGUAAAUUGGUGUCCUCAUUUAGUGCUCGCGUGCUAAUGAUGACUUUGGCUCUCGUGUGAUCUGAAUAAUUCCGCACAUCGAGGAGGGUGUUAUCCACCUAUACCAAAACAACUAAGCCAACGUAAACCUCGUCCCCAGGGCUUCUCGGUGGAAACCACUUUAUCGCAUCUCGGAAGCGUCUUCAAAAAUUUGCUGUAUGAAGAACUAGCUGGGCGAUUUGAAUGAUCAUAAAAUAUUGUUUAUUGUAUUUUUCAUUGCGUGUAAACAGUAUUACAAAUUGUGUCUUACCCACUAUUGUUUUGGUAUUGUGAUUUAGAAGUCCAAACCUCGAACAGUUGAGGAGCUUAUGCAGCGUAUAGGGUUCUCCCAGUACACUAGCAGCCUCGUCGAUUAUGGUUGGGAUGACUUGGAAUUCCUGGGUGAAUUAAAUGAGCAGGAAUUGAAUGAGGCUGGUGUCCCAGAACAACAUCACAAAAUGGUUAGGUUCAACUUUGCUUUUAAUAAUGAACAAGAUUAAGAUAACUGAUUGACUGAUAGAGAGGAUGAUUGAUUGAUUGAUGAAGUGAUUAAUUGGCUGAUUCAUUGAUUGAUAGAUUGAUUAACGAAGAGAUUCGUUGAUCGAUUGAUAAAGUGAUUGCUUGGUUACUUGGUUAAAUGUUUGGUCAAUUUAUUGAUUGGUUGAUUGAUUGAUCAAGUGAAUCGUUGAUUGGCUAAUUGACGAAGAGAGUCGUUGAUUGAGUGAUUGCUUGGUUGAUUGAUUGGCUGAUCAAGUGUUUGUUUGACUGAUCGAUUGAUUGAUUGAUCAAGUGAUUGAUUGAUGGUUGAUUGACUGGUCAAAUGAUUGGCUGAUUGAUUGACUGAUUGAUCGAUUGAUUGAUUGACUGAUGAUCUGAUGGAUUUUUUAAUUGAUUGGUUGAUUAAUCUAUUGUUUGAGUGAUUGGUUGAUUGAUUGAUUGAUUGAUUGUUUGAUGAAGAGAUUCGUCGAUCGAUUGAUUGAUCAAGUGAUUAAUUGGUGAUUGAUCGACUGGUCAAAUGAUUGGUUGAUUGAUUGAUUGAUUGAUGAAUUGAUUGGUUGGUCCAUUGAUUAAUUGGUUGAUCGAUUGAUUGAUUGAACACCUUAUAUUAUAUAACGACCAUUUGUACAGCAAGAAAGUUUGGAAUGGCUGGAAUUUGACGAAAUGAUUUGAAAGUUAGGAAUGGAGCGUUUUGUCUCACGUGACUUAGACUACGAGUGUCUCCAUUUUUCCUGAGGGAUAGUAGAGCGAGCGAAACGCGAGCGCACGUGAAAAUCACCCCACGCGAGAAAAGGCUCGCGUGUGGUGAUUUUCACGCGCGCUCGCGUUUCGCUCGCUCUACUAUCCCUCAGGAAAAAUGCGGACUACUCGUAGUGUACACAUGACUCAAAUAUCCCUCCGUCGUCCGGUGAAGUUGCUAUUUUUUAUUAUUGCUUGCUCAUUUUGCUUUGUCCCGCUGACUUAGACCACGAGCAGCCCCUCUUUUUUCUUAUUCCGUCGAGCAAAACGCGCGAGACACGAAAGUGACCACGCGCGUCACUGAAGGCGCGAUACGGGAGAGGCCUCCCCUCGCGUGCGCUCUCGCGUGCACUCGCCUCACUAAAUCUGAAGAAAAAGAGAGACUGUUCGCAGUCUACUGUGAAUUGUUGUUCACAGCUAACUUUGAUUUUUCUCUUCUAGAUUCUUGGUGCCAUCAAAAAAUUUCUAUCAUGAGGCUCUGAAACAAACUGUCAAGACAAAACUAAUUGUAUCAUAUGAAAAAUUCUUAGUUUCCACCUUCCUCGAGCAAAUUUAAACACGAAUCAAUCAGCGAACGCUCAGGAAAUGGGAAAUAUUAGUUAGUCCAAAUAUUUUUGAGUUUGUUUCAAAUGUAGUUGCUUUACUUUUGUGGUGUGCUUAUUGUACAAAUGUCUACAGGAAAACUACAGUAACCCAAAACUGUAAUAUAAAGAGAAUCCUCAGACACAGAUUAAUAUAAAAGUAUUCAUGAUCGUGAAAUACAGUACUUCUCAGAGUUCAAAACUAUAAAUUCGAUAAGCAGGCCUGAAACUUCCUUUCCUAAAAGUAAGAAGUUAGUUCUUGCGAUGUUCAAAUGCAUAUUUGAGAACUCUUAAUAAUCAGCUUUUACUCCUCUAAUUACAUUUUGACUCAUUUUAAAACGUACAAACGUUCUUAUACAGUGUGGCUCAUUAGCGUACAGACUUUCUCAAGGCAGGUUAAAUUAUAGGUUGGCUCAUUAGCGUACAAACUUUCUUAAGGCAGGUUAAAUUACAGUGUGACUCAUUAGCGUACAAACUUUCUUAGGGCAGGUUAAAUUACAGUGUGAGCUCAUUAGCGUACAAACUUUCUUAAGGCAGGUUAAAUUACAGUGUGGCUCAUUAGCGUACAGACUUUCUUAAGGCAGGUUAACUCUUCGUCACGCAUUCUUGCGUGACGAGCCAAAAUAUCGUCGGCGUGGAAGGCUACAAUAGGUCAAACCAGGUUUAUACAGCCCUUGCGUAGACUGCAGCUCUACCCGGCGUUUGCAGUCUUCCCAAGUCCGGAUCGUUUUACAUCGCAUCAGAGUUAUUUUCAUAUAAUCGUCUCGAUAGCUUGAUACACUUUGAAACGAAUCGAGCAAUCGAAACGACCUGGGUAAUUACAUCGGAACCACGCUUUAAAGCUGUCAUCCCGUUAGAUACUAACUGAUUUAAUGGCAGAGCUGGUAAAACUUCCAAUCUACGCAGCGCUCAGCUCUUUGGUGCAAUACGGAAGGAAAUGCUCUAACCUGCAAAAACGGGAACGAGAUUUAGGACGGUCACCAUGUUUAUCGUAAACGGCAAUGACAAUUCCUCGUAUUAGGAAAUGAGCGGAUGAAGACAGUCCAAAAUAAUUCUUAUAGAUAAAACUGGCACGAAAGUACUUGUUUAUGUGUAGUUAUGAUGAAGAGUAAACGGUAAGUGGAGGGUAAACUUGGUCACGUCGUGAAUGUUGACGUUUGCCGUUUGUCGUAAACAUAAAAGGGCGUUUCCCUGUGACGUCACGUCCACCAUAUCGGUUUCCAAAACAAUGAAACGGCGACCAUGUUGGUGUUCUUAACCAGUCCUAUGGAGGGUAAACUUUUUUCUUAAGUAAACACUUUCUUUUAUUCCAAUAAAUUCGCAUAUCUGCCAACCACGUGAGUGAAAAGGCUCUGUUGUUGAUGAUUGACCGAAAAAUCGCUAAUGAGCCAAACUUUUUGUUGUAAAAUUUUAAGUUUUCCAAAGCAGCUCUGCAGAGAGUACCUAGUAAAUCGGGCUUAUAUUUUCAGAGAUUCCUAAUUAUAUACGUUCUAUGAAUAUUUUUAUAGCUACAUGUACAGUCUACGCUGAAGAGGCGAAAAUUUAAGUGUUUUGAUAGGUUAGGAUAUCAGUUGACAUCGUAGUUCGUCUGUCGGACGUUAAAAUCUAAUCAGACACGAGGGAGAAUGUUUCAUCAGAGUUCAAACAACGAACGUAUUGAAUUUAGUAACAGAAGAAUCGCUCGAUAUUUUGAAGUAAUUAGAAAAUCAAAACAAAAGCUGACCAAAUUUCCCGUGUCUUUUUCUCAUGACUUUUUUCGAUGUGAAAAUGUUCAUAUGCAUUAUUUUUGUAGUAAAGUUAGAAUCUGUUCUAUAUUUUCGUAUCGACAAUGUUUGUUUAUAAAUCAAAAGUUUAUCAAGUAAUCUCAAAAGAAACUUUUCAGCACAUAUUUUUGUGUAUUUUUGUACAAUUUUACUAGAAUUGAAUUGGACCAUUAUCAUGAUUACAACAAUGCAAUGGAAUUGAAAUUUGUAGUCAAAUGUUUUUAUACAGUGUGAGUACACAUUCUCAUUUGAUAGUUUUAUAUAAACAAUAUAUUAACCAAGUGUCAUUAAAAAACUGAUUUCCAUUGACCCGU